AUGUCAGGUCAGAUGUACGAUGAUCAACACUAUGCAGCCUCGCGGCGUCAUUCUCUCGCCACUCCUCCACCUUCAAUGACCCCACGACACAGCCGGGGACGAAGCCAGAGCGUCCGAGUAAGCAAUGGUACCGUUAGCACAAACACAAGCAUUUCAAGUGGACGGGGAUCGGAGGCUACGAAUAUAACUCAACCACCGGCGUAUUCGAAAAAGUUUGUGGUUGUUGGUGAUGGUGGAUGUGGGAAGACAUGUCUUCUGAUAAGUUACUCGCAAGGGUAUUUUCCAGAGAAAUAUGUUCCCACCGUCUUCGAAAAUUAUAUCACACAAACGGUGCAUCGCGCAUCAGGAAAGACGGUAGAGUUGGCUCUCUGGGAUACUGCUGGUCAGGAAGAGUACGAUCGCUUGCGUCCUCUCUCGUAUCCUGAAACCGACCUAUUGUUUGUUUGCUUUGCUAUUGAUUGUCCUGCUUCGCUGGAGAAUGUCAUGGACAAAUGGUAUCCGGAGGUCCUACAUUUCUGUCCAACAACGCCGAUAAUCUUGGUUGGUCUAAAGUCAGAUUUACGGAAUAAAAGGACGUGCAUCGAGCUUUUGAAAACUCAAGGCCUCACACCCGUUACACCAGAGCAGGGCGAGUCCGUCGCUCGGAGAAUGAAUGCAUCAUAUGUGGAAUGUAGUAGUAAGGAGAUGCGCGGAGUGGAUGGUGUAUUCCAACUGGCAGUCGAUACCGUGGUAUCUCUUGAAGAGGGCUGGAACGAUCACCACAGCUAUAGUGGCAGCGGCAAGCCUGGUGGAGGACGCGGUGGCGGUGGUGUCGGUCCAAAGAAAGUCAAGAAACGUACCUGCAAGAUCUUAUAG